AUGUUCAGCGAUAAACAUCUUGGGGCAGGCGUAAGCAGUGGGUCAGCUUGUGGUAAAUGGUAAGUUAAUAUUUUUAGAAGAUCUAUUUGUUAUUAUCUUAGUUAUUGCAAGGACUUAGCUUAAGAUAUGGGAGAAAAAGUAAAUUUUAUCCGGAAGAAAGAUCUCACAUUUUUAUUUCAUUUUUCCUUUUUUAUUCCCAAGACAUAAGUAACAUCCUUAAGUUUUGUUUCCUAUACUAAUCAAAUGUCUAACGACAGAAAAAAACCCUCGUUCGUUGCAGCUCUUGCGCUAUUUGGCUGCUGAUUAAAUUUUUCGCGAAACGUAAGGUAGAUUUAAAUUAACAAUUAAUGAAUGACGCUGAGUUUCUUAUGAAGAAUCUUGGAAUUAUGAUGCGAAAACCGAAUUCAAUAAUUGUUUUAUUAUUCAUUCAAAAUAAUUCCUAGUCUGAAAACAUAGUAAAACAUGCUUUAGGCCAGUACCUCACGCUUGCGCACAGCCAUAUCACCCAGGCAGUGGAUUUUCCCCGUUCAUUGAUCCGACGGCUAUGCCAUGCUGAUGAGCCCCAAUAAAGGCGAAACAGCUGUCCAUGGCUGCCACUGCCCGGGUGAUAUGGCUGUGAGCAUGCGUGAGAUACUGCCCAGGCCGUGGGUUGGUGUAUGUGCGCCCCUUGCUUUAAGUUUGUCUUAUGUUCGAUAGUGCACGUUUAGGGUUGUUCCGCUCCGAAAAUAUUCUCCAAAUAGCACAUGUCGCCCUUCGAGUUGUCUUCUUGCUGUUCUUGCCACGUUUUUGACUAUCAUAUUUCGCUAAGUUCUUAAUCCUGAAACGAGUGAAACGUCCGCCAUUUUUGUUUUCACAACCCAAACAACUCAACCUCUUCCCCAGUUCUUCUCGGUUAACGGUGCAUUAACCUGCAAGGAAGCUGCACUUUUGACGUCAUCGAUUCAUUAAUCGCAAAAUUCUUCCAAAUGUGGUCAUCAGUAGCUGGUUAUGGUGAAUUAUGCGUGUACUUCUAUCCAAUCAGAAUCGGGGAAAUAUUUUGAAUGAAUAAUAAGUUGUGUUAACAGAGGGCUAAUUUUAGGUACUACCAUCUGGAAAGGAUUUUUACCGCCCGCUGUCUGGAGAAGCGGCGUUUUAAUAAAAAGGCAAAAUAUUGUUUGAGCAGGUGCAAUUAUUAGUUACGCAACACCUCUCCGGUUCAAAUAUAGCGUCCGAAUCCGCUGGAGUUGUUAGUCCAGGAAGUCGAUUUAGUCUUUUGCAAGUUAGCAGAAAAAUUCAUCUUCUCUGCUUACAGUUCGUCCAUCCAUAUCUCUUGAUCCGGGACCUCAUUAUGUUGUUGAAGGAAGUAACGCCAUUCUUCCUGUAUGUCACGUGACUGGGCAUCCCACACCAGUGGUCACGUGGAGCAGAUCAUUUGGUCAGCUGCCCCAAGGAAGGAUACAGAAAAACAACAGUGUCAUCAAAGUUUUUGGUGUCCGUAAAGUUGAUUCUGAUAACUACCUCUGCACUGCAACGAACCUGUUAGGAAGUGUUGUAAAAAGAACUCAGUUAAAUGUAGUCUCCCUCCCUCAAUUUACUGUACAGCCACCGGCAAACCUUACUGUGUUGAUUGGCCAAACGUUAACUUUAAACUGCUCUGCUACUGCGGAUCCUCAGCCAGUCAUAAGCUGGAAAAAAACAGGACAACAACUUCCAGUUGGACGAAGCCAGCAUAUCAAUGGUGCGUUAGUUAUCAGGGACACCAAAGAGGAAGAUGCAGGGAGUUACAUUUGUACUGCAACAAGUGCAGGGUUUUUCUACGUGGAAACUACCGUCGUGAUUGAGGUUGUUAAAGCUAAAGGUAAAUAAAAAAUCAGUAUAUUAGCUACAUAGUGCCUUAAUAUACUCGUUUGAUAACUUUUUGACUCAGAUGACAGAGUGUAAAACAAAUUUUAUAACGCUAGUCAGUUGUCUAGCUGUCUAGUGGGUGACCAAAAUCAAAAAUAGACGAUUCGAGUAAAAAUAGAUAAAUUUUUGUUUCGGCUAUUGACCAGGUACGGUGUAUUUCAUUUCUCCCUCAGUACUGCACGGAAACAUAAUUCACGGGUUAAGGAGAUAAAAGUGGUGAAUAUAUCACUAAGAGGGGGUGGGGGGGGGGGGGACUGCCAAGGUAUUUGAUAGUCAAAGGUUUAUACCUGUACGAUCAUCCUAGGAUUUUCAGCUUUUUUGUAGAUUACUUCAUUGUUGUUGAACGGAGACAAUUUUCAUCCACGAACUGAGAAGAAUCGCAAAGUUUUUCGAUCGCCGCGAUCACUCUCGUUUAACCUGCGAUCAGGCGUCGUACAUACAGAGAUGAGCAGGGCAAGUAUCUCACAGGCGAGCCAACCAUGAAAUAUUUGUUUGCUAAAUACGUAAAUACAUACAUGCACUGUUUACAGGUAGCUAUUACGACAUCUGAAGGAGAAUCAUGAGGUUAUACUAUAAUGAGAUCUAACUUACAGAUAAUCCAUGCACAACCAAGGAAAGGCUGGCCACACCAACGGGGUCUAUGUCCUCUACUCAGUUUCUGAACAGUGGUGUAGGUUUUUUUUUACGUCCCACAAUUUUCGUCCUUAUCCCUGAAGUCUAGAAAGUCUAACUCUCUUGCAGAUGCCUUUACAAAGGCAGCACUUUCUUCUCAGUUGCUUAAAGACCCUGAGUGUUGGUCCAGCAGGGGUUUGAACCCUCGCUCUCCCAAUUGAGCUAACCAGGCGGUGGUGAAAAGUACCGAGAUAUUAUUACUGCCUUUUACUUUUUAGACUAUGAAUCAACUGACCUCCUCGAUUUUAAAAAUACAUGACACUUUGAGGAAAGUCCAGUAAAUUUCUGUUCUCAGUUUAAGCUUUUAGGUUCUGGAAAAAUCCAAGUAAUUACUCAGUAUUAAGAAUGAAGAUGAUAAAUAACCACUUUACUGAUAAGCUUUCUAUUUAGAAGAAUAAAUAUUAAAAGUAGCUUUUUGAGAGUUGGACAUCUUGUCUCCAAACUUGACGUUCCUUAAUUAGCAGAAAAUACUAAUUAUCGGACAAAAAAAACCAACUUCAGUAUCUCGAAAAAUAUGCUACUUCAAAUUCUUUACGUAAUAGAACAGUUUAGCUCACUAUUUUCAAGGUAAUUUUUGCUUCUGGUAAUCGAAUUGAGUUCAAGCUAUUUUUCGUAAAUAACGGUAAUUCAUGACAUUUCUAAACAAAUUGAAUAGCGCGCGCGUAUAGGUAAAAUCUUUGCUAAAAUAAUAGAAUGAAGUGAAGGCAUAUCAAUAAUCAAAAUGACUAGACAUGGAAGUGGGAAAGAGCCACUGUCUUAAGACAGGAAAACUCAAUACUACAGGGAGUAAACAAUAGUGCUCUCCAAGGAGGCUCUAGCUUCAUAUAGGCACCUACUGUACAUAUGUUCCCUGGAAUGAUGGAAUAGCCAGAAAAGUCCAAGCCCCCUUCUCAUAUGUUUUUAUUGCAAGUUGAUUAUCAGCUUUCAUUUCUAAAAUACUUAAUCCACGAGCUAGUAAACCAGAGGCACCGUUUGAUUGAAAAGUGCUGAACCGUGUUUCUUCUUGCGGCCGGCACAGUGCAUUUUAACAAGUCUGUGUUUGUUUUGUGACGGUAUUUCAUUUAGAGAAAUUCUGAUAGUCAUUUUUCAUGUACGCCGGAGCGCAGAUGAAAAUGCUCAAUUUUCGCUUAUUUCAUACUCGAAAGAGCGCCGAUUUAGCGUUUUUCAAGAUUUGCCCGACUUCUGAAAAUAUAAAAAGCCGUUACAAGUUCUAAUGUGAUUUUUUAAAUAAGUAUACUAUAGAGAUUAUUUGGGCAAAAUAUGAAGAAAGUCAAAACUUCACGACUGUCAACCGAUUUUGGAAAAUUACAGACAUUGGCUCUUAAGGAACUGACUUCAUAAGUUUCGUUUCUGUCCUUCUUUCGAACGGUAAUAAUAAAUUCGCCGAUGUAAGCAGUCUUGUACAUAUGCUAUGGGUGAUUUUUGAUUUCUUCUUGAAUCGUUUUUUGUUGCUCUCGUUAGACUGCUCUGAUCUGCUAAAGUCAGGCCAUACUCAGAGUGGAGUGUACUCUGUGAACCCAGACGGUAAAGGAUCCUUCAAUGUAUAUUGUGACAUGCGCACUGAUGGUGGAGGUUGGACCGUGUUUCAGAGAAGGCAAGAUGGCUCAGUAAACUUCUAUCGCGGAUGGAACGAUUACAAAUCAGGCUUUGGUCAGCUGACGGCUGAAUUCUGGUUAGGAAACGACAAGAUCCACAGGCUGACGGUAGCUAGACCGAACACUCUACGAGUGGAGGUAGAGGACUGGAACGGAGUAAGAGUGUAUGCCAACUAUGACAAGUUUAAGAUUGGUGAUGAGCGGGUGAAGUAUCGUCUUGAAUUUGGAUCAUAUUCAGGGACGGCAGGAGAUUCUUUGCGCACCAUUUUUGACCUUAAUAACAUGGCGUUCAGCACAAAAGACAGAGAUAAUGACAUAUACUCACCUUUUAACUGUGCUGUGCGCUGGACUGGUGCAUGGUGGUACAGAGACUGCCAGUACUCGAAUUUAAAUGGAAAAUACCUGGGAAAUAAAGCAGACGCAAAUGGAGUUCGAUGGGCUACAUUUCGUAACAAUCUUUCACUCAAAUAUGUUGAAAUGAAAAUGAGGUCUUCGUUCUAGGAAGAUUAUCACUAUCUUAAGGUGUGUUCAUAUUUAGCGACAGCGAGUGAUUGAUUCGGAACGUGAAUUAAUAAGUAAUCGCAGUAACAUAGCAUUUAGUGCAAGCCGUAAGCGUUGAACUGAUGGCUAAUGGUACAGAGGCUGUCACCACUAAUUCUGUUUAAACGGAAAAUACUAGGGGGGAAGGAGGGAAGAGCCCUGUGGCAUCGCGCCGUUGGCUAAGAUAGAGCUGAGUCCGUUUUCUUAGUAGGGUAAAUAGUAACAUUGUUUAAUGCUUUUAACUCAAGGUUUUCUUAUUUCUUUGAUAGCGUAGCUAGGAGAAACACUCACGCAGGACCUCACGCAGUGUUACAUGGACAGCUUUGUUCGAUCCUUCGUUUGUUUCUUGUCUGGAUUCCAGGAUAUCGCUGAGAUUUGUAUCGUUAUUUUGCUCGUUAUCAGUUGAAAGUAUGGAAAUGAAAGUUCCUUAAAAUUAACUUUUUUGGCGCAUUACGUAUGCAUGUAGAGUCGCACGCAGACCUUCUUUUGGCUCGUCACGCAAUCCUCCCGCACGAACGUCGUUCUUGAGGCAGGAACGCGUGACAAGCCCCUAAUGACGUCUGCGUGGGAGGCUAGUAUACAUAGUGAUAAAAUUGAAUUUAAUUCGCGUCUGCUUUUACGCGCGCGCAUCACUCGACUGAAUUUAGUUAAAGAUUGUAAACAGCUGGAUGAGCAGCACACAUUUUGUGUGAGUCAUACUUAAAGGAAAGUACCACUUCAUCAAUGUCAUUUUAUUCUAUUACGGAAUCGAAGACAAUUUACAGGGAACUGUAUCUGAGAGAGCUUUAAAAUUCUAGUUAACUUGGCUAACGCUGUAACAGUUAGCAUGAGCUCGUAUUUAGUUUUCUUUGCUUAUAAUCGCUGUAGUUGAUUUCUGCACAUGAAAAGAAAAAUAUAAAUAAUUUACUUGUGUGACAAAAUAGUUCUUUGGGAAUUGCACAUACCAGAUCGAGCUAUCUAGCCAAGGCAGUCAAUAAAGUUUCCUAAUCAAUUGCGUCGGAAUCUGAAGUCGACAUUGACGUCUCCAUUUUCGCUUUGAAGGGUUAAUAUUUGAUAAUUAUUACUCCAGAAGGACUAUGCGGUUUGAUAAACCUGCUGCAUUGUCACCAGUCGAUCGUUAUCGGCAAUUUUAGGAAGAGAACGGGCUCUCCUUGUUUCCAUUCAGUAAAGGUAUGUGCACUAAUUAACUGACAGAUGGCCAACAGAUUUACCCUAUUUACAUAUACAAUCUUUACGAGUGCAU